AUGGCGUCUGAAUCCAAGCCUCAUACAGGAGCCCCUUGCCAUGAGGAUAAACAGGCCUCGGAGACACUAGUGGAAUCAUAUCCGGUCACCAAGGGGUCCGACCCUCCCUCACUCUCGAACGAGUUUCCUGAAGGUGGUCUGGCAGCUUGGAUAACUGUCCUUGGAUCGUUCCUUGUGCAGUUCAGCGGCUUCGGUUAUGCCACUUCAUUUGGUGUAUAUCAAGAUUUUUAUACCCAACACUACCUCACAAAAGAAACAUCAUCAGCUAUAUCAUGGAUAGGGAGCGUGAAUAUGUUUUUACUCACCUCUGUAGGCCUCGUAUCAGGCUCACUGUAUGACCGAGGAUAUUUCUACCAUCUUAUGAUUGCCGGAUCACUUCUGCAGAGUUUCUCUCUUUUCAUGUUAUCUUUGUCAAAACCUGAUCAGUACUACCAGAUAUUCCUUGCUCAAGGGAUGGGUUCAGGUAUCGCAGCCGGGCUCUUGUUUGUCCCGAGCACGGCUGUCACUGCGCAUUAUUUCCGACGCAAACGUACCCUGGUUCUCACAUUCGUCGCUACGGGAUCUUCAUUGGGCGCUACCAUCCAUCCGAUCAUGCUUAAUAACCUUUUGAAUGGUCCUCUCGGCUUUUCCAAUGGUGUCCGUGCAAGCGCAGGGUUGGUCACCGUGCUCCUUCUAAUCGCAUGUCUAUGCAUGCGAACUCGCCUUGAUUCGCCGACGACACCGGUAAACUACGUUGCGGCAGCUAAAAAGUGUAUUCGCGAUGUACCGUUUAUUUUAAUGACCGCAGCGGGCUUUCUUUUCCAGAUUGGCCUAUACUAUCCGAUGUUCUUUUUUCAACUCGACUGUAUCCAACACGGCAUCAGCACCACGUUCUCGUUUUACUCUCUAGUUAUUUUAAAUGCUGCCAAUUCGGUGGGACGAGUCACGUCGGGCUUCAUCGCAGCCUUCACAGGAGUCCCGAAUUUAACCAUAGUUGCGACGAUUGCAUGCGGUGUACUCAACUUGGGCUUUAUUGGAUUGAGUAAUCUGCCCAGCGCCAUAGUGCUUGGUGUGGUUUAUGGAUAUUUUGCAGGGCUAUACAUCGGGGUAUGGACCCCACUUAUAGCUGAUUUAACAUCUGACCCAUCUGAGCUUGGUGCGCGGAUGGGCAUCUCCUUUUUCGUGAGCGGUGAUCUAAGUUUUAUUCUAGGAACGCCUAUAGCUGGCGCUCUGCUGACAUCAAACUAUAUUUGGUGGAUACCCGCGGUGUUCUCCGGGGUCAUUGCGCUGGCUGGUAGCAUGGUGUAUAUCGUCAUGCGGUUAGUGUUGGCGAAAGGCAGAUCGAAGAAACAGCACGUAUUAGAAAGCUGUCCGUAA